ACUUGCCCGACAAUGUGAUUACUAUCAUUCUAGAAGAGAAAAACAUCAGCUUGGAGAAUAUCAUGAAUUUUAAGUCCACGUGUAAAGAUUCCAGGAGAUGACACUAUCUAACAAGUUUUAGGAAAGGAAAUAUUAUCAGAGUUAUUUUGCUGAAUUUCUCUGAUGGCUACAAUAACAAAUUUGCCCGACGAUGUGAUUAUUAUCAUUCUGGGAAGAAUGAGCAUCAGCUUCGAGGAUAUCGCGAAUUUUCAGUCCACGUGCAAAAGACUUCAGCAGAUAACACUAUCCAACAAAUUUUGGGAAAGGAAAUAUUAUCAGAGCUGUCCUACUGCAGAAAAUAAAUAUAACAAAACGAAACAAAAGAAAAUAUUUCAUCAAAACAAUUUCAAAGAAAAACUAAAAGCAGGAUUAUAUCAUGUUCAAAAGUUCCAAAAUUAUGCGUCUUUGAUGUCAGAAAAUAACUUAACUGAUAUUGACAAAAAACAAUUCGAACACCAUUUGCGGUCAACUGUUCAAAUUUCCAUGAUAUAUUAUCUUGUGCGGGAUGAGAUAGAAAGAAUUUCUGCGCAAAAAUUAUACCAAUUGUUUCCCAAUUUGACGCGUGAAUAUUACUUGAAGCUCACUUGUCACUACCUAAAACAGUAUAGAUUUAUACACAAGCAAGUGAAACUUAUGUCAAAGUUGAAGACAAAAUUUCUUUUAGAAAAACAACUUACGAUUAUAGCGCAAUAUUUUCAGCCACAUGUCUCUUAUUGGGCUAUAAAAACGUGGCUAGAUGAAAUAGCGCAGACAGUAUUAUCUCGUCUGAUGGAAAAAUAUCCAGCCCAUUCAAUUUUCUCUGCGACUUCAGAGCAAUUCUUUUGGAGUGAUAAUAAUAUUGCGGACAAUUUCUGGAAUGAGACAGAGUCAAGGCAAAUUAUAGAUGUUCUCGAGGAAUACAUAUUUUGUGACUUAGUGAUUUAUAAAUUGCCUCGAUUAAUGAAGACAUUGCAUUUCGAAGAAAAAUAUAUAAGACAUAUGCCAGGAUAUUUUAAAAAAUAUUUACUGACUGUUACGUAUCACAUCGUAGCUAGAAGACUCGGCAUACAUACCAUUAUGACGAUAUAUAGAGCAGUAGCUAUUGCAGUUAUAUGGAAACCAGAAUAUAAUAUAAAGAGUUGGAAUAAUGCGGAGUACUUUUAUAUGAACCAUAACUCCAAUUUACCGUAUCCAUCAAACAUUGUCAGAAAGAGAUGUCAGAAUAAUGAACAUCAACUAAAUUUGUCGGAGCCAAUAGAUUAUAUAUGUGAUUUAGGUAUAAUCACGCUGUACAUUACGGGUGGAAAUUUAACAUCUUCAACAGUUUUCUUGUUUCUUGCACUUUUAGAAAUGUUGAGAGCAUAGAUAUUGAAGUUGAAUAUAAAAAUAUUACAAAGUCAAUAAAGAUUAAAUCUGACAAGAAACGCUUUACAAAACGGACAAAGAAUAUUAAGUUUGCCGUUGGAAUGAUCGUGAGGCAUACACGGGACGAUUAUUCCUCUAUCAAUAAGCAUGACGGUGUGAUCAUUGGAUGGCAUUGUACGUGUAAGAGAAUAUUGAAUGCUGUUAUGUUCCCAUUUCUAUAUCAAAUCUCCAAUUAUCAUCACAUUUUUAAAUGUC